AUGGCCGACGCCACCCCAAAAAGGAGCGGUCUUCGUGCCAUGUUUGGAAUGCGACCAAGUACCCCGAAUGAGCCAGGAGCACGCAAAAAGCUUUCAAAAAAAAGCUCCCGGAUGGAUGUGUCUACUAAUAUUGGACGCGACAUUGCAGCGGAUCGCCGGCGGCAGGAUUCCGGCAGCUUCUCAAGUCAGCACAACGGUGAACGAGCCAGAGAACACGCGACCCUGCCAACAUACGAGGAUGCCACAGGUCUUGCGUCAUACACCUUUCGAGACGACCCGUACGCAGCAGCCGGAUCUGGACCGAGCGCUGUUCCAAUUCAAUUCCAAUUAGAUGCCGAAUAUCGCCGUAACUCAGAAGGAUUACAACAAUAUGCUGCUCCUUUAUAUCAGACGACUACCGCCAGCUCUGCGAGGACAGGGUCGUUACCACAAAUCUACCACGAACGUCCGGAGAACAGAAGAGUUCAACAACUCGCAUCAAAACCUCAGCCCUCAAAACUGAGUAAGGCUCACCGGGCGCCAGUCCGCCAAGAUGACAUUCUCGACAAGGACACCGGCGAGCGCAAAGAUCUGACAGACAUGAUGCACGCCUUCACAUAUAGCGAAGCCCGUGACUCGAUCGAUGAAGUGAAACAUCGCGUGGAAGAAGUCUUUUACGAUCCUACGAAACCAGACGGAACAGCGAUGCUUGGUGGUGUAUCGCCUGAAAUCUGGCUGCAUGUAGCGGUGUAUCUGUCAGCCCUAGAUGUAGCGCAUUUAUCGUCAACUUGCCGCACUAUGUUUGCUCGGCUUGGCCGUCAACCAUACAAGUUGCUGCUGGACCCGAUCAAUCGCCCCGAUCGCCUCGACUUCCUGCUUGCGAUGGACCACAAGCUUCCUCGUCAUCUUUUCUGCUUUCCAUGUGCACAGUGGCAUCUACGGAUUCAGCCAGGAUUCGAGACACUUAAACCUCACAACGUCCUCAACCCGCUGUUCGAAUGUCCCAACUUUACGAACAAUCUUCUUCCGCCUCCAAGGAUUCGCAUUACCGAAGGACGCACGUUGCCAUUUGCCUUUAUACAGUUAGCACGACGACAUUGGGCGUUUGGGCCCGACUAUGGUAUUCCGCUUCAGUCACUAGCACGAAGAUGGAAGGAUCCGUACUCUCCUUGGUCGCAUGAGAGUAUGUAUCACGUCACUGACAGAGGCCACGUUCUGAUGCGUGUCAAAUCACAAGCAUAUGUCGAAGGCGGCAUGACGACGGCAGCAAAGCGCAUGCUGCUGUUCAGCAGAGACGACUACAUACCAUACUUCAGCGUGUGCAGCCAUUGGAAAAACGGCGUGCUGACUUCGGUACCAAAAUGCGCCCUCGAUCACAUUCCUGUGGAGGAAGUGAACGUAUUAAACGGAAUCAGAGACCGCCUUGCCCCGAAGAAAGCUGUCGGUAACGUGCCCACCUGUCAGAAGUGCAGGCCGAUGCGCCGUUGCCCAGAGUGUCCUACAGAGUAUCUAUUCGAACUUAAGAUGGUGGAAGACAAGACCGUAAAGAGCAACGGGGCGGAGCGCUUCAAGCAAGCUCUUGUAGUUACCAGGUGGAGCGACCUCGGACCUGGGCGAAGCCCUGUUGAUAGAGAGUGGGCAGCUGUUACUGGCGAAUUCGAAGAAUACAACAGCUUCGAGGAGAUAGGCAGAAGAGCUAUCAGCGGUGUGUUCGAGAGUGCUUUCACGGACACAAUACCCGGACAGAGGAUCGUGACGAUGAACCCUAAGAAGGUCAAGGCGAACGAGAUUGGAGGCGAUUGGUACUAG